AUGGCGAUGAUGAGCUUUCACGAUGGCUCUAGUCAAACCGCAAUUCAAACAUCAAGUCUCGAUCAAUCAGCCGCUGAUAUCAUUCUACUAUCCACUAGCUUAGGGAAAAGUAAGAAGAUCACCGACAAACUGAGUAAAAUGCUGACUGGGUUCGACGAUAGACUUUCACGUUUGGAAAAAAGCCUUGCACCUAUCCACAGCGACACGAGGACUCUAACACGUAUAAAUACUAACAUUGAAAAAACUUUGAACGCAGUGGAUCAAGUCCUCGGCAAUCACGAUGCAGCCCUACGCCAACAAAUAGUCAUCAAAAAUGGACCUGACCCCGAAAACUUGACAGUCUUCACUCACGCAAUGGACGAAAUUGUUAAAUCAGCCAGUGAUCUUGUCAGGACAGGGGCAGGGGAUCAAGGUUCAUUCCAAGAAAUCGAAGAUUUACUGGUUUCUGGAGCUGCAAAGCUAAUGACAAUCUUCGUGGGAUGGGCUAAAGGUGUUUCAGAACCUUUGGCGGAUGCUAAUAGCUACAUGACUGAAGGUGUCCAGUUUCCCUCAAUACCCUCUUCCACCAUAGCUCAGCUUUCUGGUAUAUAUGUCUAUCUAAAGGCUUUGCCAUCCUGUCUGGAAAACAAUACAAGGCUCAAGGCGAUAUUAAAUGAAUCUGUCAACAAAAUUGCGGAGAUUAGAGGUACCUAUGUUGCGGAAAGUAUGCGACCAUUGGCAAGUGAAACAAUCGAAUCCGUCAGAAAGGGGGCUGGGGCGUCAGCAUUGGCAAACUUUAUAGAGUGUCUAUUUCACAUGCUUCAGGAAGAAUACGCGAUGCUGAUAUCAAUGUUUGAAGGAAACAGUACAAAAGAAUUGAAAGAGAUUUUCGCAAAAGUUGUCCCCGCACCACUUGAACUCCUAUCCGAAACUGGUCAAUCAGUCAAUCGAGUCGUCAAGCGUUCCUUGACAUCCUAUGUCAGCGCUGCCUUUGAUAAUUACGAAGCUAUAUAUGAAAGAUUAGAUCGAUAUGAUGACGAGAUAAGAAGGAGAUCAGGUCGGAAGGAGAAUGAAUUGGGUGAAUUGUUACAUUCAUUCAAAGGAUCUUGUCUUCGAUCAUUACCUGAAUAUAUUGCAGAUGCCAAAACAUUUGGAGAUAAGGCACCGACUAGCAGUGAAGUUAGUAAUACACACACUUGUGAAAUGGUGAUCAGUAUGAUCGAAUACCUGAAGAUGUUAUGUAGUCAUAUUGAAAUCACUGAAAGCUUCCUGAUCACUCUUGGAGAUGGAAAUUGGAUAUUUCCUAGUGCAUCUGGAACUGCUGGAAGGUCUAACGUCGGUGAAGGGGCUGAUGGACAGGAACUACUUAUGAAAUAUCUCCAGUCACGGUCCAAAAAUAUGAGAUUACCCGCUUCUGCGCAAACUACGAUCACCAGUACAACAGCUAAAAAUGGAUUAGGAGCAGUGUUCAUGCUCAACAACUUGCAUUAUAUUCGCCGAGAGGUCUUAGAGUCUGCUAUCUCUGAUAUCCUAGGCAAAUCAAUCGAAGAUGAAUUGAAUAAACGAGUCCGGGCAUGCAAGGUAAGGUAUAUGGAAGUGUGGUCACCACUCAUCUCAGCCCUUAUGGACGCAGGCGGAGAGGACAGUAAGGGUGGGUUUGGGCUUGGUGCAGUCAAGAGCGCCCUUCCAGGUCAACAGGCUGGUGCAGAGAGAAGAGAAGUAAAAGAUAGGCUCGGAAGGUUUAAUGAUGCAUUUGAAGAAGUAGUUAACCUUCACAAGGUUGCUCAAUUCGAUAAAUCUGACAGCGAUGUUAGACAUCGGCUGCGAGACGAGAUUGAAAGAAUGAUUGUACCAACCUAUGCCAAAUUCACUCAACGACACGAAGGCGGCCAAUUCUCUAAAAAUCCUUCGAAGUAUCUGAAACUGACCGUGGAUCAGCUUGGAGAACAAUUGGAUCGACUAUUCCAAUGA